AUGAGCAGACCGCACAAACAUAGUAAUUUUCAUGAGUACUUAUGCAGGCUUGGGCGUCCUUACACCCUUGAUGCAUCAGGGCGGGUGUUCGUUUUUACAAUGGACGCUGAAGAUGUGUACGGCGAAUUGAGUAGAGGUGGGAAGGUGCCCGAGGGGGUCUGCUUUUGUCCGCUCCUCCUUUCUUCUCUCUCUCUUUCUUUCUCACGAUUUUGUACCUCGAUUUCUUUCUCAAUUUACAUUUUUUUUUACCUCUUUUCCAAUAACCUACCUGUCUUUUGCUCUUUCUUGACAUUAUUCCCUUUUUCUUCCUUUUUCUCUCUACCUCUCCCCUCUCUAUAUAACUUUGUUUACUCUUUUUUUUUCCCUUCUUUCCUCGCUGUUAAGCUCUCUCUUUCUUUCUCACGAUUUUGUACCUCGAUUUCUUUCUCAAUUUACACUUUUUUUUUUUACCUCUUUUUCAAUAACCUACCUGUCUUUUGCUCUUUCUUGACAUUAUUCCCUUUUUCUUCCUUUUCUUUUACGGAUUUAAUUCUUUUUUCUUCUUUCUCUGUGUGUCUGUCUCUCUCUCUCUCUCACUUCCCCUAUUGUUUAUCUCCUUCCAUACAAACACUGACACGCUUUCUUUCUUUCUUUCUUUCUUUCUUUCUUUCUUUCUUUCCCUACCUUUUUGCAAGCUUCUAUUUGCCACCUUUCCCCCUUUUCUUAGUCUUCACUUCAAUCUCUCUCUCUCUCUCUCUCUCUCUCUCUCUCUCUCUCUCUCUCUCUCUCUCUUUCCUUAUUUUUCUUUUCUUCCAUACAAACACUGACCAUCUGCUUUCUUUCUUUUUUGUCUUUUUUCUCACUUCACCGUCAAUCUUUUCUUUCUUCCUUCUUCUCUUUUUCCCUCUUUUGUCUCUCUUUUCAUACAGGCCAAUUUUGUCUUUAUUCUUUUUUUUUUCUGAUGUUCUUUCUUUUUUUCUUUUUUCCCCAUAUUUAAUCUUUUCCUACACUCAAACUCUAAACAUACUCUAUCUUUCUUUCUUUCUUUCUUUCUUUCUUUCUUUCUUUAUUUAUUUAUUACUCAUUCUCCCUCCCUCCCUCUGUCUUUGCCUCUUUCUCUCUCAUCAGUAUGGCUCAGCGAAUAAUUUAUAA